AUGGCGAAAUGCCCAUAUUGCUGUAAAGAAUUUCGUUAUGUAAAUAAACACUCCUGGCGCUGUGCACAUAGAACGAUACCUGCAACUAGUGAAUUAAACAACAACAAUUCUAAUACAAGUUCGGUUAACAAUAUCUCAACAAAAAAUAACUCUGAUUCUGGCUCAAUUAAUGUUUUAAUUCAAAAUACCUCUAUUAACAAUAAAUUGGUUACCAACUCAAAUAAUGUUUCAAUUUUAAAUAAUGAUAAUUAUAACAAUAAUUUGUUUAAUAAGUUUGAAAGUAUGUUGUCUUGCUGUUGCGGUAGAUAUUUUCGAGGCAGAAAGGGUCUUAUAAUGCAUCACAGAUGUUCAAAUUCUCGACGGGCUAUUAGCUCGGUUGAAAAUACCAAAAAGACAAUCAACCAACCACGAUCAUUUCAACACAAAUCUGCCCCAGCGACAACACCACAUCCUCUCCCAGGCGUUAAGUUACCUAAAACUCAACAGCAGUGGACGGAAGCCAACGCCUAUUUUCACCAUAAACUAAAUUUCCUCAACAAUAUUGACGACAUCGACAGCUACACCCAGCAUCUACAACAAACAGUCUAUCAAUACUUCGCCGACUCAUACGGUACACAAAAACCUAUCGUCUCAACAUCAGUCAACGCCAAAAUCAAACAACUAAAGAAAAAACUUAAAAUCUUAAAAACUCUCGGACGCAACAACAACAAUUACAACAACGAAAUAAAAAAUCUGAGCAAACAAAUUAGAUCAACACUUCGUGGGGCGAAGUUGGCGAAGGGUGACGAUCAAUUAAAUAUAUCUAGUCAACUGUCAAAAAAUUUCUGGAGAACAUGCAGAAAAACGUUCUCGCCAACCACAUCGCUACCUCCAUUAUUCGACGUCGAAAAGGGUAGUAGCCACUUUGGCAACGUAAUGAAGUCGAAGGAUAAUGAAGAGUUUAAUAUUCCUGAGUGGAUUCCAUCCGUCCUUCAGUGGGCCUCUCCAUGCCCUCUAGAUCAGAUAUGGAUAAUAAUGUUCAAAAGAUGUCCUAUCCUCAAAACUUAUCUCCAUAGACUACUCUCAAAAUGUUGGGCCUCAUCUACGAUUCCAACAACACUCAAUCCCAACACAACAAACAACAUCAACAACUGCUCGGGUUCGUUACCCAAUUUACCAAACAACCUAAAUUGCAGCAGCAACAACAACAUCUUUGUAAACAGUAACAACAACAACAACAGCAACAUAACAACAUAUCAGUUCGGUGUCUACAACAACGACAACGACGGCAACAACAAAAUCAAAAACAACAACAAAAAUAUAAACAGUAGUUCAUAUUACCCUGUAUACAUACAGCAAGAUUAUGCGGAUGAUGCUGGUAUGGUGGGGGGCGUGGUAGGGGUUAGUAAUGUAGGGGGGGUUGGGAGGCUGCAGAGGCAGUCAGUACCUGCCCCGUUGGUCCUCAGGGACAGUAACUUCAUUAUCAUGGACGCCAGUGCCAUUGUCUGUGAUGAGAGCUCUCCUCUCCUUCCUCCACAGCUCAUCACACCUCCACCAUCUUCCAGUGACGUCCACAACCCGUCACAAAUCAACAUUGAGAUCCUACAACAAAUCAACAACACUUGCAACCAGCUGACUCCAAACUUCAACAUCCAACAACUGCCACUCUAUCAGCAACAACUUCUACAGCAGCAGCAACAACAACAACAACAACUUUUGCAGCAGCAACAACGACAACAGUUGCAAAAUUUACAACAGUUUCCUCAAAAGAAGCCCACGAACUCCAUCGACUCCUCCCCCGCAUCCAGUAGCCUGGGUCAGCUGUCGCCGAAGUCCUUAUCAUCACCGUCGCAACAAAGUUCCUCGCCAAAUAAUUCCCAACAACUGUUGCACACGUUGCUGCUGCAGGGCGUCAGCGUUCAACAAAAGUUGAGGCAACAUGAUCAUGAACAACAACCGCAUCAGCAACAACAUCAACAUAUUCUAUUACAACCUGAGCAACAACAGCAGUUGAUUAAACAACAAUUGUUGCAACAACAACAUAAAAAUGUUGCUAAUCAACAGCAGCAGCAACAAUAUCAAUCACAGAUACACCAACAGCAACAUCGUCAACAACAAUUACAACAACAAUUGCAACAACAAUUACAGCAACAACAACAACAGCAACAACCUCAGUUCAACUCAAAUGUUGUUUUCUUUCCAACUGUGGCUCCAACCUUACAAACUCAACAACUUCUCACUGGACAUUUUUUUCCCACUGUCAGUCCGAAAUCUCCUGGCAAAGAUGCGUCAACAGUCGUCAACACUAACAAUGUUUUGGCAGAGGCCGCUGCUAAGCAACAGGCAGCUGUCGUAGCAGCUGUUCAGCAAAAGGAGAACGUAAUAGCAGCUAAGGGAUAUGUUGUCAACAUUUUAAACAACACCGAACCUCAACACCAAAGAAUUGAAAUUGCUCAUCAGCACCUCAUACCACAACAACAUCAGCAGCAGCAGCAGCAACAACAACAACGAAAUCAAUUUUUGUUGCAAAAACAAUUUGUGCAACAAGAAAAUAUUAUUCCGCAACACAUUCAACAACAACAUCAUCAGCAACAACUACAACAAUUGCAACUGCAACAGAGUCACACGAAUUUUUUACAGCAAAAAUUUCAGAAAAUUACUGUGCAACAGCAACAUUCAGCACAACCGCCAUCGACACUGGACUACAGUUUAGACAACAUCACAUUACAACCUUUCACACCUUCUCCUCCUCACAUCAACAACAACAGCAACAUCAACAAUUACAUCAACAACGAUCCAACAAUCGCUGCCAAUUACAUCUCAUCUCAACCCAACGAAAGCAGCAACAGAAUUGUUUUUAAAGUCAACACCAAUCCAAACAAUCAAUAUUUCCUACCUGACGGCAACAACCCAACCACCACCAACAACAUCUUUAAUAACAACAACAGCAAUGUUGAUGUAAUUGUUAAUAAUAACAACAGCAACAACAAUAAUAAUAAUAAUAAUAACAAAAUUCCAUGUGACUUUAACAGCACCCCUGACAUAGUUUUGACUGCGGAAGACUUGGCCCUUUACGCUUCACAGAUGAUUACAGAUGAUCCAAAAUGCUUAGACGCAUUUGACGGGGAGAUGUUUGCCUCAGAAGAUGCCCUCAGGCUGGCCCUGGACCCCCUGGAGGUCGAAGAACUUCAAAUGUUGGCCGACUCCACCAUCUUCACCGACCCACUGGCCGAAGACUCGUUCAGGAUGGACCGACCUUGA